UUUGUUUCCAGAGGCUUUUUGGAGAUUCUUCUUGGGGUUUGGAUAGAGAAGUCGUGAACGAGGAGGUCCUUUAUUCUCUUGCAAUUAACCAGAAUCUGUCGUUUCAGUCACUCGACUGAAAAGAGCUGUUUUACAGCCUAAUAAAUCAAGCUAAGCUACCUAAUCUAUGAAAUUUUAUACAAUUGUCGACGUAAGGAAAAUAACUCCGGGGAAAGCUUAUGUUUCAGUUGGAACAGCAUGAGUAGCUCGAAUUUGGAAAGAAAUCCAGUUGAAUAAGUUGUUGCUUUGUCAGGAAUUGCUGUGUUUCACUAAACGGUGGCCAAAGAUGACAGGUUUUGCAAUCUUUUUGGGGAUGUGUGUGAAGCAGCGUUUACUAGAAAAGUCAAGAACUUCCCAAAUAUAAAGCCAUUCCAGUCCUCUUUCGAUAACGCGCCGUUCCCAUCAGAGCAUUAGAGUUACUAAUCAGAUUAGUUUCAUCGCCUUUUCAGAAAGAAUGCAGCCCACAAUCUAAUCAGUAAACUUGUUUAAAUAGGAACGGUAAUGCCAAGUUUGAAGCUCCGGCCCGAAACUGUGUGGUUAAAAACUGCUGUUGAACACUAAUUUAGCUGCCAUGACACAUAUUUCCAUUUUUAGCAAAAAUCCCUACAAAACAACUCUUAGACUGAGUUGGUAGAUCAAGCGUCUCUUUUUCAGUUGAGUUGUUGGAGUUUGGUGACGCUUGCUUGCUCUUUGGGUCAUCAAGUGUAGUUAUUUACUUCUCUUUCCUACGUCUACAAUGCUAGCUUUGUCCUAAAUAAGAUAGUUACAAUGGUGAGUAAUAACACUAUGUUAAAUACAAGUAUGACUUGUAUGACCUGAAGAUUAUUCCAGGACAAAGAGACAAAAGGAAGGAGCAAUCCUCAAAGGAAGCAUUUGAAAGAAGUAGUCAUGCAUCCGUAAAAAUUUUGCUUUAACCGUAUGGAUGUACGAUUCAAGUACACCCAUAUGCAGAUGACAUACUUUACUGCUGAUUCGACCACUUCAGUAGUGGAGAUGUCUUGACAUCAGAAGUUUGUCGAUAUGAAUCCUGCUUCCUUCACAAGUCGAUGUGACUUUGGUCAAAGCACUUUGGCCUAAAGUUGCCUGCUGUUUUGCCUUUCGGUGUGUAUAAUGUGCAUUUGUGGAUGUAAGUGGGUGAAUGUGUCUGCAGUGUGACGGGAAAGUCACAUGACAGUUAUUAGCUCUGAAGGCAAAAUGAGAUGCAACUCUGUGCUGGUAAAGUAAAGUGUUUGCUGUGUGUAUUUUGAUGAUGAUGAACAGCAAACCGUCUGGGGAAGAUCUGCUGUGGUUAGAUGAAGGGUAAAUAAAGUCAAUAAAAAUGUCACUUCCUGACUCUAGUGCCCCCUGAUUCAGCAGAGUUGAUGCACUGAGUUUAUCAGCAGUCACGUGACAGCCGGACGGCCGUUAUCCCAUCAUCCGUUGGCUGACCUCAGGUCAGCUGUGUGGGCUGCCAGAUGAGAGGCCCCAAGCUUGUUUUUCUCUCAGUCUGCAUCCGCUCGUCGUUCCGACGUCUCCCCGUCUAUUUUAACCUCCCCAUCUCCUUCUCCACAGUGCGCACACAAAAACACAGCCAGACACGCACAUAAAUUUUCUCCUUUUCAUUUUUACAACUUCAGUCGACGAUCCGCAGGGAGUAGGAAGCAGCCUGAGUGACCUGAUCACAAAUCCUUUAACAUAAACAAAGUGAAAAGAGAGAAGGCCCUUUUGAAACAAACUCAUCUUUCCACAACUCAUUAGACCCCCUCUCACUCCUCCCUUCAAGAUCUACACCAGCAGCCUCCCUUCCUCCUCUCUCUGCUCCUCCCGCACACUUUUCCUCAACCUCUGCACGUCUUUUCCGUUCAUCAAAGCGGGAAGCCGUAUCGAGUCCCGGGCUCCCUCAGUGUGUCUGAAGUGACGCCAGCGGGCUGGCUGUGGCAAAACGACUUCAAUACAAUGUAGACACCAAACAGCAGUCAGCAGAAGAGUCUGAAGACCAAGCUGACAGAAGGAGGGUUGGCCCAGAGGAGGACGGAGCGACAGCUGUUCUGAAAAGACUCUGGCGGAAGAUAAGAAGAGUGAAACAACUCGCGAGGGGACAAGAGGGACGGUGCGGACUGUGAAUCAUUGAUGUGAACCUUUGUGUGUCCUUCCUGCAAAGGGUUUGCCUUGUUCCCACGUCUCCUCUGGAGAAGGAUCGUAACCUCAGCUUGGCGGUGUUUACGAGACAGGUAGCCCACGCACGUUUCUCGCCUCUCAGCACCCGUCGGUAACCCUGAGCGACCGUCAGCCAUGUGCCAUGUCAUUGUCACCUGCCGCUCCAUGCUGUGGACUCUGCUGAGCAUCGUGGCUGCCUUCAGCGAGCUCAUCGCCUUCAUGAGCACUGACUGGCUGGUGGGGUUCCCCCGCACGCACGACUCCGUCUACCCCCACCUCGCCACGGCGGCCGGCGAGGCCUACAGACCGACUUUGGGGAUCUACGGGCGCUGCAUCAAGCUGGCCCACAUGCAGCGGGGGAUACUGUGCGGACCGUACGCCGUUCACUUCGGGGAGAUUGCCAGCGGGUUCUGGCAGGCCACCUCCAUCUUUCUGGCCGCGGGGAUCCUGCUGCUGUGUGCCGUGGCGUUCAUCUCCAUCUUCACCAUGUGCUUCCAGAGCAUCAUGAAGAAGAGCAUCUUCAAUGUGUGCGGACUGUUGCAAGGGAUCGCAGGUCUGUUCCUGAUUCUGGGUCUGAUGUUGUACCCUGCUGGCUGGGGUUCCGACAAAGUUCAGCUGUACUGCGGCCAUGACGCCGCCCCGUACCGCGCCGGGCUCUGCUCCAUGGGCUGGGCCUUCUACACCGCCAUGGGGGGCACCGUUCUCACCUUCAUCUGCGCCGUCUUCUCGGCUCAGGCCGAGAUCGCCACGUCCAGCGACAAAGUCCAGGAGGAGAUCGAGGAGGGCAAGAGCCUGAUCUGCCUCCUGUGAGGGCUGGAGAAGCCGCGGCAUUGUUUACCACUAAAAAUCGACUCUUAUUUCGUCUCUUGUUUUGUGUCGAUGUGGGAGAAAUCUGCAAGUGCCAAGUGUUUUUUUUGUUUAGUUUUUUUUUUUUGUCUUUGCCGUCUUUGUCCCUGUGACACCAGGAGGUGCUGUGUUUGUUAUUGUAUUCAUGUCGUGGCUCUGCUGUCGCCACAUGUUCUGUAAAUAAAUGUGAUUAUAUGUAUUUUGUACAUAGCUAUGAUUGCAGAAUGAUGCUCGGCUUGAUCUUGGCUGGCCCGAUGACAUCACUCUUGCCACUCUUAAAAAAUAAAUAUGUAAAGAAAUUGUAACCUGGUGAUUUUGUCACCAGAUCGUACGGCGACGUAUUAGGGCCAUUGUAGGUAGGAAAAAAGAGCAAAUCUCUGCAAAACACCCCAGAAAUUUUCUAGAAAAAAAACAAAACAAAAAAACUUUUGGAACUUUUCUUUAUUAAACUCAAAAUUCCUGAGUUUUUUCAUGUAAAGUUUUGACAUUCAAUGCUCAAAUUUCCAAGUUUUUUGGCCCGAAGCUACUUUUUUAAAAAUCAAUCUACAAUGGCUCUAAUGCGCCGUUAUAAUAUCGCGACCAGCAAACCUGGUUCUUUUUGUUUUAACUGUGUGCCACAAGUGAGUAUUAACUCAUCAAGGGAACCACUACUCAGUCAGAAUAAGCAGCCUUUAGCUCAGAGUGGAUGUCCUGUUCGAGCUUCCAGAAUGUACUAUUUGAACGAUUCAUGUUUUUGUAGACCGCUGAAAUGUAUUGGUGGGAAGGAUUCACUCGGGACUGCAGGAGGACGGUCCAAUGGACGCUCUGUGAAGAAGGUUCUGGUCCUCGUUGGUCGGACCGCCUGGAAUCCCUGCACAAAAGACUCGGACUGAACGACGAGGACGCGAGGAAAUGAAGUAUUGCUGUUGUUAGUACUGUCUGGUUUCAGGGAGUUUGUGUGUGCGUAUACGUGCGUGCGUGUGUGUGUGUGUGCCAAGUCGAAGGCAGUAUCGUAUCUGUUCUGAUUUGUUUCUGCCAAACUAAUAAAGAGAAGGGAAAACUGA